CCGCGUGCCCAGAUUCAAACGGUGGCUCUGGAAAGAGGCUGGGCGCGAGAUUCGGCGGCAGGGACGAAAAGACAGCGAGGGCGGCGGCGGCGGCGUCCUCCUCCUCCUCCGCUAAGGAAAGCCUGGGAGGAGAAGCGAGCAGUGACAGCCGAACGAGGCUACGGAGAGGAAUUUGGCGCUCAGUGCCCGACCCUUUUCCCUCCCAAACGGGGUUGGGUGUCGGGGCGAUGUCCCCCGGGUGGGGGACGAGGCGGGGCCGCGGCUAAAAGGCAGCUCCCCCCACCGCCCCCGGGCUCGUCCCUCGGGGGCUGCGCGACCGCCACGGCCAUCCGUGGCCAGGGGUGGUGACAUCCUCGCUCCCUUUCUCUCGCCUUAUGGUGCCCGCGAAGGAUGGCGAAGAGGCCGCGCAGCUUACACUUUGCAGUGAGGAAGAUGAUGACGACUUUCAUUAUGCGGAUCAUGACUAUGAAGUGCCACAACAAAAAGGGUCAAAGAAACUAUGUAAUAGAGUAAAAUGGACACGUGAUGAGGAUGAAAAGCUGAAGAAGCUUGUAGAACAGCAUGGGACAAGUGACUGGACCUUUAUUGCUAGUCAUCUGCAAAAUCGAUCUGAUUUUCAAUGCCAGCAUCGAUGGCAGAAAGUUCUAAAUCCAGAACUUAUUAAAGGCCCCUGGACUAAGGAAGAAGAUCAGAGGGUCAUUGAACUUGUUCAGAAAUAUGGACCAAAGCGCUGGUCUUUGAUUGCAAAGCACUUAAAAGGAAGAAUAGGGAAACAGUGUCGAGAGAGGUGGCACAAUCACCUUAAUCCAGAGGUAAAGAAAUCUUCAUGGACUGAGGAGGAGGACAGAAUCAUCUAUGAAGCUCAUAAACGUUUGGGGAAUCGGUGGGCUGAAAUUGCCAAGUUGCUGCCUGGAAGAACUGACAAUUCAAUAAAAAAUCACUGGAACUCUACUAUGAGAAGAAAAGUUGAACAAGAAGGAUAUUUACAGGAUGGAAUCAAAACAGAGCGACCUUGCUUAUCCAAAGUGCCACCAAAAACAUGUCCAUCCACAGACCAUCUUCAUGUCUCAAAUCAGUUCUACAUACCUGUACAGAUCCCAGGAUACCAGUAUGUAUCAACAGAAGGCAAUUUCAUAGACCAUGUCACCACUUCUUCAGACUUCAUACAGCAGCCAUUUGAUGAUGAUCCUGACAAAGAGAAAAAAAUUAAAGAACUUGAGCUGCUACUUAUGUCAGCUGAGAAUGAAAUCAGGAGAAAGAGAGUCACAUCUCAAGCUGGAAGUUUUUCUAACUGGUCUGGAGGCUUCAUCAUGGAAGACAACAUAACAAAUACCCUUAAUAGCCUUGGGGAGCAAACAAAUGAUUUCUACAAUGUGGAUGAUAUGCAGGGUGCAACAGCUCAGCAAAACUCACCUACCAAAUAUUUGGCUGUGGAGGCAAAUGCAGUAUUGUCAUCUCUGCAGACCAUUCCUGAAUUUGCAGAGACACUAGAACUUAUUGAAUCUGAUCCUGUAGCAUGGAGUGAUGUCACCAGCUUUGACCUAUCUGAUGCAGUUACCUCCCCAGUCAAUAAUGCUCCUGUAAAACUAAUGCGGAUUCAGCACAGUGAUGGAGCAAUGGAAUGCCAAUUCAAUGUAAGUGUUGUGCUUGAUGGCAAAAAAGCAAGUGAUGAAGAAGAGUCAACGUUCCCAAGUGCAGCCAAAUUCAGUUCUCCUCCAACUAUUUUGCGCAAGAAAAAGAAAUUCAGAGCUGGACAAUCACAAGUCAGUGAACAGAAUGAUGGCUCAUGUAGUGGUGUUCCCAAUAUAGCAUUAAAACAAACACCAGUGAAGACACUACCUUUUUCUCCUUCCCAGUUCUUCAACACAUGUUCUGGAAAUGAUCAGUUCAGUCUUGAAAAUCCUGCAUUCACAUCAACUCCAAUUUGUGGCCAAAAAGUUCUUAUUACAACUCCUUUGCAUAAUAAAGAAUUGACACCCAAAGAUCAAAAGGAAAAUGCAGGUUUCAGAACCCCUACUAUUAGAAGAUCUCUGCUGGGUACAACACCAAGGACUCCUACUCCUUUUAAGAAUGCUUUAGCUGCUCAAGAAAAAAAAUAUGGUCCUUUGAAAAUUGUGUCACAGCCCCUUGCUUAUUUGGAAGAAGAUAUCAGAGAAGUUUUAAAGGAGGAAACUGGAACAGAUAUAUUCUUCAAGGAAGAGGAGGAUUCUGUGCCUAGAAGUUGUAAGUUAGAGAAUCCUUCUGCAAAAAAAGUCAGAAAAUCAUUGGUCUUGGAUCCUUGGGAAAAAGAAGAGCUUAGUGUUCCUCAGUUUUUUACAGAAGACAGUGUUUCUGAUGUACAGCCAGAGAAUAUUUAUACUACAUCACUCCUAAUGAUACCAUUAUUGGAAAUACAUGAGAACAGAGGCAAUAUGACUCCAGAGAAACAGGAUUCCAGUUCAACAAAGCUGAAUUUUGCAAUGAGAAAAAAGAAGAAUACUUGCAUUUCAAAAAAUGUCAAACCGGAAAAAGCACUUCAGGCAAAUUGUGAAUGGGAAACUGUUGUUUAUGGGAAGACAGAAGAUCAGCUUAUUAUGACUGAGCAAGCAAGAAGAUACUUGAGCAACUAUACAACUACAGGCAGCACUUCAAGAGCUCUGGUCUUGUGAUUGUUUCAAAAUGAACUACUCUGUCAUCCCCCACCCCCCGGACUUUAUGCUGAAUUUUUUUUCUCCGGUAAUGCUUGUAUUUAAGGCUGCCUUAUGAGAGAAAAUGUAUAUCUUUUUUUGGAACAUGUCACAUGUAAACUUUUUAAAGCAACAAAUCUUAAAUGGUCUUCAAAAAGACCACUCCAAAGGAAGUGGCUAUAGAAUAAUUCAGUAUUUUCUGUAUGCUUUUUUUAUUCUUUAGUAUAUACUACUUUCCUUUUAAAGGAAUGUUUUAAUAUAGACUAGGUUUACAGGAACGUUUUGGUCUGUCAGAGAAAAACAUACACGAGAAUGCUUUUGCUGAAAUGCCUAUUUACUUAGGUAGCAAUUUUUAUAAACACGAAAGAAAGGAAAGGAAAAAUGGAAGGUUGCACUACUUGUAUUAGGUAUGCUGCACAAAAUUAAUUACAGUGUUAAAUAUAUUUAUUUGAGAAUGGUACUUCUAAUAUGAGUAGACAAAGAAUUGAAUUUUUAUUAGUAUAAAGCAUCAAUAUUCAUAAAUCUCAACCUGAGACCAUUGUUGAAUGUAUUGUACAGCAUGUGGGAGCAGGAAAGCUAUUGUAAAUUGGAAAGCAGGUUAUGUUUAAUUUAUUUUUGUUUCAAAGCUUAAGGCUGCAAUCUUACUAAGUGUCCACAUACUCCCACUGCUUUGUAAAGCAAUGAGAAUCAAGGAGGAAACUGAAGCAAACUUGCUCCUCCUUGCAAACGGGAGAGACAUAAUAGUAUCCUAGUGCUCACUGCUCAAAACAAUGUGAAUAUGCACUGCUGGGUCCCCUCCUUCACAUUUUUGUUGUGAAUUCAGUCAUGUGCAGCAAGUGCACAGUGCAUUCUAAUACUUUUUAAGAUGAACUGUGUUUCCUCUCUAUUUCUGUCAACUUCUUACUCUGUUUCCACACAUCUCUGUGUCUAUAGGGCAAAAAUACCAGCCCGACAAGUCUGUCCAAGCACACAGUUGUCUUUGGUAGACAAGGCUAAAACUUGCUUACCAAAUCCUUUCUCCUUCCAAGCACCACUGCCCUCAUUCUGGUAAUAUUCUGGUAACAUCUUUGCAGAAAAUACCAAUAGGCAACAAGGAAAAAAAAGCAGUGUAGGAAGCUGAAAGUAAAUGGAUAUGGGUGGGUUUCAUUCUGACACAGCUCUACUAUGAAGAGAAACAUAAGGGCUCUUUUUAUUUCAAGGAGAUGUGAGCAGUUUUUUUUAAUGGCCUAUUGUCAUUUGCAACUGCAGAGUAUACCUUUUGAUAAUGCUUAGAAUAUCUUGCUACUCUAUAGAUACUAAAGUGUAUACUGUAUCAGGGAAAUCGAAGGCAAAUGGAUGGUAAGUGUUGAUUUUGCAAAUUGUUUAAGUAAGCUUAAGGAUAGCAGAUUAUAGCAUUAUACAAAGUAAAUAUUGCAAGUGAUAAUAUUGUAGGAAGAUUGUAGAAUAAAGCUCAGAGCAGAAACUAGAGUUGGAAAAUGUGUGGAGAAAGCAUUGAGCUCUUUAAAAAAAAAAGCAAUAGAAGCAUCUUGCUCCUCAUUUCUAUUGAUUAAUUAUAAUUUCUCUGGAGAGAACACAGAAUAGGGAUGCUGCAUGGGCUGUUAGAUGGAAGUUGGUGGUCUUUGAAAUGUUUGCAGCUGGUCUUUCCCAAGAUUCUGAAUCAGAGCAAAAGAGUUCUGCAUUGUAAUUUCAAAGAAGUGCACUUGCAGGCAUAAACGCACCUCGGAGAGGAAAAAUUCCCUUAGGCCAAGGCUGUUUUUCCUGAGUAGUGUAGUUUUCACAGUAAACAUGCUAAAAGGGAUAAUGAGUACCUGCUCUGUGAAGGAUUGCAGUGGAAAAUUAACUAUUCUGGCAGGUUGCUUGAAACGUCUGGUUUGCUCUGCCGAUAUGAGCAUCUGAAGUGGGUCUAUGUGGGUACUAAUGGUUAACAAGAUUGCGGUCUCAGUGCAUAGAUAUUUAUAAAUAUACACACAUAUCUGUGCGUGCUCACACACACACAUACACACACACAAGCAGAUUGUCUUAGAAGCUGAUUUUAAUUUUUAAGUAAAAUACUGUAGAUGAAAAAGUAGCAGGCUGUAGCUUUGGUUCAAAGAGCAGCAGCAACACAGGCUGUGAAGUACAUAAAUUUGCAUUUCAUCUAUUUAAAGAUUGCACUAUUCUCUUCUAAAUCAUGUAGAUCUAUAUAGUUAUUUUAGAGCUUAUAUUGGCUACACUUUAAGCAUUCCAGUAACUUGGUUACUGACGAAGGUUACUUUUCUGUAGAGACAGAAUGGGAUGACAUACUAUGACUUUGUGACCCUACACAGAAAUUAACACCAAUGCAUUUCUUUACAUGUCUGAGAGUAUUGAGUGCGUUCAUAGUCAUUUCCCCCCCAGUACAAGCAGCCACAAACCUUCUUUAGCCACAUGUGGCUCUCUUUUCAUGUGGAGUAAUGUUGGUACUGGGCUGUAGUUAACUAACAGCCAUUAUUCUUUCAAGAAUUGCAGGGCUGUCUUGUUAGCUUAAUCUGUGCCCAGAUCAUGUUAACACUUGUUCAUGAGCCAGUGCAUGACCAAGGCUAGGCUGUGGCUGCUUGCUCUGAAAUUGUGGACUAGUUCUACAUCACGAUAAAGCUAUUCUCAGAACAUUCAACAAUGCAGUUACAAAACUUUAAAAAGGAAAGUAGUCAUUUUUAAAUGUAAGAUUUCUGUACGUUUUUAAUAUUUACAGGUUACAUUGGUUGCUUUAUUUUGCCUGCUUUAGACAUUUGCACUUACUCUUGUACCAUUUGAAGGAAUGUCUUGUUUAUGCUGUAGCUAUUCUUUAAGUUAAUUUCUUGUAGAACAUAAUGGUGUUUUGUCAACCUAAAUACUGACAAGAAAAUAGAACUGUAUACUGUAGAUGUUAGCUAUUUAUAAAUCUGACACUCUUCCUCUCCACUCCUGGAUGUGCUGCUAUGGACAGUAGCAGAGUCUGCUUGCUGCUAUGAGAGAUGGAAAGAGCGAGCAUCAUAUGCACUGUAUGUAACUGACAAAUAGAAUGAUGGCAUGUUCUCAAGUUAACAUGAUAUCAACUGUUGUUGUGUGGGGAGUAACAAAUUACUAGAAACGAAGCUGAUACCACAUAACCAAGAACUCUAAAAAUGAUUUUAUUUUACUAUUUUGUGUGGUUUGUAAAACAAUCUAUGGUGUUAGAAUAUGUUUUUAAAAUUCCAGCUCAAGUCCCCAUACCAUAGUUAUUUAUUUAUUAUUCUAAAUAAAUAUUUAUAUAUAGAAUAUUUACCUAGCUGCCUUUAACAGGCCAGUUUAAAAAUGGUUAGCAUUUUUCUGAAAAACUCUAGAAAAGAGAAUCAUAAUUUCUCAUGAGAAUAUGAGAAGUUGGUUUGGAACUUAUUUUGAUAUUGGUAGUUUUGGCCUAUCCUCUCUUUACCUAAGCUUCUUUAGAAGACUCCCUAACCUAAAGCAUGCAGAGGUUAAGUGAAUAUAAAACACAUAGUAAGGCUGUAAUUGUGAGAACUAUACAUCAACACUUUGACUUUUCUUUUAAAGUUGCAAUCCAGCUUUAUGCCAUAUUGAAAAUUAUUUCAAGCCUUAAUGAGAGUUUAUACAGUGGGGUCAGGGUGUUAGUUCCCCUGUCCCACUAAGUAUAUACAGUCACUUAACUAUGUGCAGAUGGCCUCUCUAUGCCAGGAUCGAAAGUGUGUGCUCCAGCACUGUCUGGAUUUCCUCCUGACUAUAAUUCUUCAAGCUGCAUUGGAAGGUACUGUAGAGAGCAUUCUGAUUUUCAGGAGUGGCUCUUGGAGAAUAAGGAAUAGCAGGGAAGGAUAGGGUGGACAUCCUACUGCUGUCCAUUGUACAUGUACAUUGGCAGUACCUGUUUGGAUCUCACGCCAUGCCUUACUCUUUUAUACCUAAAAGGUCUCCUUUAUCAGAGGCAUGUAAAUUAUUCCAUAGGAUAUUUUUAAUGGUGCCAAAGCCACCAGUGCCAAGGUUUAACAUAGGUCUUGAGUAUGUAGUACAAACUGGAGUUGGUAUUGGUUGAAUCUUUCAGUGAAUUGCUUUUGUAUUGCUUUUAGAAAAACGAAACAAAAGGUUUUAAACCUUUGACAAGUUAGAUAUUUUUGGUACCUUUUUGGUCUUAGGUCUAUUUGCAUUUUAAGAAAUGUUUAUAAAUAGAAUAUACCUGUAGCAGCGAAACAUGUAUCUUGGAAAGUGACCGCAUAUGUUAAUACUUAUGUUUGUUCUAAAAUUUUGACUUUAAUUAUAAGAUUAAAAUUUGUUGUAGUUUUUUUCUUUACUACAAAUUUUGUUUCUUUUUGUAUACAAUGCAGGUUCAUGUUAGCACCAGAAAUAA